GAAUAGUGCAUGCGGAAGAAUUGACUUUAACUUCCACUCCAUCUAACAUCUAUGGGAUCUCCAUUUUUGCACAUGAAGAAAUUCAGGCACUCAUGAUGAUGAUCACAAUCACUGAAACAACGUUGAAACUUCUGUAUCGAUCCACUUGAUUCAUUUCCCUUAACGUUUAGUGAAUAAAUUAAGGACUCUUGCAUUAUGGAAAAUGGAAAAUCUCUUGUGAUUCAGUGACUCUCUCUUCUGGCCACAAUCAAAGUAUCAAACGGUUGUCUAUAUGUGUGUGUUACAUUCUGCAAAAACUACAUACAUCUUCAUGGUUUGAUCUUUUCCGAUGGAUCAAACAUACUCCGCACUUGUUUUUAUGAAUGGUCUAUUAUUGAUGAUUACUUACUGCUUGGCCAUCCAACAAACCAAUCUUGAUACUGAUCGAUCAGCUCUUCUAGCUUUGAAAAACCACAUUACCUCAGACCCUCACCAAAUUUUGUCCAAAAACUGGUCUUCUUCUUCUCCAUCUUCCUCCGUUUGUGGCUGGAUUGGAGUUCAGUGCGGCUCCCUCCACCGCAGAGUCUCGGUUUUAAAUGUUUCCGACAUGGGUCUUACGGGCACCAUUCCUCCCCAUUUGGGUAAUCUUUCUUUUCUCGUUUCACUCGACAUGAGUAGAAACUAUUUCCAUGGAAAUGUACCUCAAGAAUUGUCGCAAUUACGCAGAUUAAGGUCUGUCGGUUUAGGCUACAACAACCUUACUGGAAAUAUUCCGACUUGGUUUGGACCAGAACUUCAAGUCUUGACUUUACAUUACAACGCUUUUAGUGGCAUUAUUCCUUCUUCCAUCUCCAACCUGACCAAUUUAGAAAUUUUUGUUGUUCAAGGCAAUUCUCUCACCGGAAAGAUUCCUGAAGAAAUUGGAAACCUUAACAGGUUGACAAAUCUGAAUCUUCAAUCCAAUUUUCUUGUUGGUUCCAUUCCUUUUUCCAUCUUCAACAUUUCGUCGUUGCAGAGUUUUGCUUUGACGUAUAAUAACUUAACCGGAAGACUUCCAGAUGAUAUCUGUCUCAAUCUCCCAAAUCUCGGAGGGAUUUAUUUCUCUUUCAAUCAGUUAAGUGGUACAAUCCCGCCAAGUGUAUCCCGUUGUUCCCAACUUCAGAUCUUGUCAUUGUCAUACAACAACUUCAGUGGAUUCAUACCAAAAGAACUAGGCAACUUGGAGAUGUUGGAAUCAUUAACUCUUGGAUCCAACAAUUUACAAGGUGUGAUCCCCAGAGAGAUUGGCAAUCUCUAUAACCUCCAAAGGUUUCGUAUAGAACAAAACAGAAUUUCGGGCUCCAUUCCGAAGGAAAUAGGAAAUUUAACCAUGCUUACCAGUCUGUACCUGGCUAGCAAUCACUUGACAGGUCCUAUACCUGAAGAACUCUGCAACCUUCAAAAUCUGGAGUACAUUUUUGCUGGACAAAAUGGUUUAAAUGGUGCCAUACCGAUUGGUAUUUUCAACAUUUCAACGCUAGUUGUUAUGGAGUUUGAACUAAAUAACCUCACUGGCUAUCUUCCAUCAAAUAUUGGUUAUCAGUUGCCUAAUCUACAAGUACUACAACUUGAAGAGAAUAACAUUCAUGGAGUCUUACCACCUUCAAUUGGAAAUUGCUCUAAGCUUUUCUCUCUAGCUAUUUCAGCAAACCAAUUCACUGGAACCAUUCCCAACACCCUUGGAAACCUUGAAUUUCUACAAGAACUAAGUCUGGCUUCUAACUAUUUUACAAGCCUAAUCCCCAGUUCAGUUGGCAACCUCAGUGGUCUACUUUCAUUACAUCUAGAUGAUAACCAGUUGACUGGAGCUAUUCCAAGUACGAUUCAGGAAUUACAAAAUCUCAUGGUUUUCAACCUUGCUUCCAACUCCUUCAAUGGAUCUCUGCCUCCGGAAAUCGGAAAUUUGAAGUCUACAAUAUCAAUUGACUUGUCCAUGAAUCACAUAUCUGGAGUCAUUCCAAGCACAUUGGGUGGUUUGCAAAACCUGCAAAACCUUUCUUUAGCAAACAACCUACUUGAAGGAUCGAUACCGGAAUCAUUUGGGAAAAUGUUUAGUUUAACAUCCUUAAACUUGUCACAUAAUAACCUCUCAGGUUUGAUCCCAAAGUCAUUAGAGAAGCUUCUAUCUCUCCAUGUUUUUGAUGUUUCAUCUAAUCAUUUAAUUGGUGAAAUUCCUUCCGGAGGACCCUUCAGAAACUUCACAAGUAGAGCCUUCAUUAACAAUGAUGGAUUAUGUGGAGAGCCUAAAUUCCAAGUCCCCCUAUGUAAAAUCAUUAAAAAGCAUAGAAUACAUGGGAAAAAGCUGCUUUCACUCAUAUUGAUCCCCUUAGUGAUUGUUGUCUUGGUUAUGGUUGCUUUGGCAUAUAUUUUCUUGAGGUACCGAAGAAACAGAAAGGUUCCAAGUGCACCAGAUUUGCCGGUUGUUCUCACGAAAGAAAGAAUUUCAUACUAUGAACUUCUACAAGCAACAAACAGGUAUAGUGAAAGCAACUUGCUCGGCUCGGGGAGUUUCGGAUCAGUAUAUAAAGGGACUCUUAAAGAUGGUAAGGUUGUGGCUGUCAAAGUAUUUAAUUUACAACUCGAAAAUUCGUUGAAGAGUUUUGAUGUAGAAUGUGAAAUGUUCUGCAACCUUCGUCAUCGAAAUCUUGUGAAAAUCAUCAGCAGUUGCUCCAACCAGGAUUUCAAGGCUUUGGUACUUGAAUAUAUGCCAAAUGGAAGCCUCGAAACAUGGCUGCACUCUGACCAUCUUUUCUUGAAUAUGCUGCAAAGAUUGAACAUAAUGAUCGACGUGGCUUGCGCUUUGCGCUAUCUUCACGAGGGAUAUUCGACGAAUGUGAUUCAUUGUGAUUUGAAGCCAAGUAAUAUCCUCAUUGAUGAAGACUUGGUUGCGCAUGUAAGCGAUUUCGGGAUUGCAAAGUUUCUGGGGAAGGAUGAGAGCAUGGCAUUAACCAAAACCUUCGCUACAGUCGGUUACAUUGCACCAGAAUAUGGAAGGGAAGGACUUGUCUCCAAAGCAUGUGAUGUCUUUAGCUAUGGAAUCCUCCUAAUGGAAGUCUUCACAGGGAGAGAACCAAGUGAUGAUAUGUUUGGUGAAAGUAAAAGCUUGAAGAGUUGGAUUAGUGAUUCAACUCCUAAUUCAAUUGCUGAAGUCAUAGAUACAAAAUUGUUUGAGGAAGACGAUGAACUGAUCAUGGAACUAGCCUUAAAUUGUGUUCUUGAAUCUCCAAAAGAAAGGCUCAGUAUAAGUGCAGCUGUUGAUUCACUUGAGAAGAUCAAAGGUAGAUAUGUUGCAUCUCAUCGCAGUCCAUAG